AUGUCGGACCCGGCGGCGGCGGGGGACGGCAAGGCGGAGAAGAUGGAGAAGGCGGCGAACGGAUCGGCAGGGUGCGAUGCGGCGGCGGCGGGGCAGGGCAAGAAGCGGGCGGACCAGGCGGUGGCGUUCCACGAGCUCUUCUCCUUCGCCGACCGGUGGGACCUGGCGCUCAUGUCGCUGGGCACGCUCGGCGCGCUGGCGCACGGCGCCGCCAUGCCCUGCUUCUUCCUGCUCUUCGGGGACCUCAUCAACGGCUUCGGCAAGAACCAGACCGACCUCCGCGCCAUGACCGACGAGGUCGCCAAGUAUGCGCUCUACUUCGUCUACCUCGGACUGGUGGUCUGCGUCGCCUCCUACGCAGAGAUCGCGUGCUGGAUGUACACCGGGGAGCGGCAGGUGAUCGCGCUCCGGAAGGCGUACCUGGACGCCGUCCUCCGGCAGGACGUGGGGUUCUUCGACACGGACGCGCGCACGGGGGACAUCGUCUUCGGCGUCUCCACCGACACGCUGCUGGUGCAGGACGCCAUCGGCGAGAAGGUGGGCAACUUCAUGCACUACCUGGCCACCUUCUUCGCGGGGCUCGUCGUCGGCUUCGUCUCCGCGUGGCGGCUCGCGCUGCUCAGCGUCGCCGUCAUCCCGGCCAUCGCCUUCGCCGGCGGCCUCUACGCCUACACGCUCACCGGCCUCACCUCCAAGAGCCGCGAGUCCUACGCCAAUGCCGGCGUCGUCGCGGAGCAGGCAAUUGCGCAAGUUAGAACAGUCUACUCAUUUGUUGGAGAGAGCAAAGCACUCAAUUCGUACUCUGAAGCAAUCCAGAAUACACUGAAGCUUGGUUACAAAGCUGGGAUGGCAAAGGGUCUUGGUAUUGGGUGCACUUACGGGAUAGCGUGCAUGUCAUGGGCACUAGUAUUCUGGUAUGCCGGCGUCUUCAUCAGGAAUGGGCAGAGCGAUGGUGGCAAGGCCUUUACUGCGAUCUUUUCUGCAAUCGUUGGUGGCAUGAGUCUUGGCCAGGCAUUCUCCAACCUUGGAGCCUUCAGCAAAGGGAAGAUUGCUGGAUACAAAUUGUUGGAGGUCAUUCGUCAUAGGCCCUCCAUAGUUCAUGAUCAUAAGGAUGGCAAGUUGUUGGCGGAGGUCCACGGAAAUAUUGAAUUCAAGGAUGUUACUUUCAGUUAUCCAUCAAGGCCUGAUGCUAUGAUCUUCCGGGAUUUCUCUCUGUUCUUCCCUGCUGGGAAAACUGUUGCAGUUGUUGGAGGCAGUGGGUCUGGUAAGAGCACUGUUGUGGCUCUGAUAGAAAGGUUCUAUGAUCCUAAUGAAGGCCAGGUUUUGCUAGACAAUGUUGACAUCAAGACACUGCAAUUGAGGUGGCUGAGGGAUCAAAUUGGACUCGUAAACCAAGAGCCUGCCCUUUUUGCAACUACAAUCAUUGAGAACAUCUUGUAUGGAAAGCCCGAUGCCACAAUUGCAGAAGUUGAGGCUGCAGCAACUGCAUCCAAUGCUCAUAGUUUUAUCUCUCUGCUGCCCAAUGGAUACAACACAAUGGUUGGGGAGAGAGGAAUUCAGCUAUCUGGUGGUCAGAAACAGCGUAUUGCAAUUGCUCGUGCUAUGCUGAAGGACCCCAAGAUACUGCUCCUUGAUGAAGCUACCAGUGCUUUAGAUGCAGACUCGGAGAACAUUGUGCAAGAAGCUCUAGACCGCCUGAUGGUUGGGAGGACUACAGUAAUUGUUGCGCACCGUCUGUGCACCAUCAGAAAUGUAAACAUGAUCGCGGUGUUACAACAAGGCCAAGUUAUUGAGACUGGGACACAUGAUGAACUUUUAGCAAAAGGAACCUCUGGAGCAUAUGCAUCCCUGAUUCGCUUUCAGGAAAGCGCACGUAACAGAGAUCUUGGGGCUGCAUCUACCCGUAGGUCACGCUCGAUGCACUUGACAAGCUCUCUGUCCACCAAAUCUCUGAGCCUCAGGUCGGGAAGUUUACGGAACCUGAGCUAUCAGUACAGUACUGGAGCAGAUGGGCGCAUCGAGAUGAUCUCAAGUGCAGAUAAUAGCCUCAAAUACCCAGCACCACGUGGUUACUUUUUCAAGCUCCUAAAACUGAAUGGUCCUGAAUGGCCCUAUGCGGUGUUGGGUGCUAUUGGUUCUGUUCUAUCUGGAUUCAUCGGCCCAACAUUUGCCAUUGUUAUGGGUGAAAUGCUCGACGUGUUCUACUACAAGGACCCCGUUCAAAUGGAGAAGAAAACUAAGCUUUAUGUGUUCAUCUAUAUUGGCACAGGCAUAUACGCCGUAGUUGCUUAUCUUGUGCAGCAUUACUUCUUCAGCAUAAUGGGAGAAAAUCUUACAACCAGAGUUAGGAGGAUGAUGCUGUCUGCGAUACUUAGGAACGAAGUUGGUUGGUUCGAUGAAGAAGAAAACAACUCUAGUCUUGUGGCUGCUCGUGUAGCAGUUGAUGCGGCUGAUGUGAAGUCGGCGAUAGCCGAGAGGAUAUCAGUGAUACUGCAGAACAUAACGUCCCUGAUGACAUCUUUCAUCGUCGGUUUUGUCAUUGAGUGGAGAGUGGCGAUCCUUAUUCUGGCCACUUUCCCUCUUCUUGUGCUUGCCAACUUUGCCCAGCAACUUUCGAUGAAGGGCUUUGCUGGUGACACAGCAAAGGCACACGCCAAGAGCAGCAUGGUUGCCGGUGAAGGCGUGAGCAACAUCCGCACAGUGGCGGCCUUCAAUGCUCAAAACAAGGUCAUGUCUCUCUUCAGCCACGAGCUGCGCAUACCAGAGGAGCAGAUCCUGCGACGCAGCCAGACCGCGGGCCUUCUGUACGGCCUCUCGCAGCUCUGCCUCUACUGCUCGGAAGCGCUCAUUCUCUGGUAUGGUUCUCAUCUGGUCCGGUCGCACGGGUCAACAUUCUCCAAGGUCAUCAAGGUCUUCGUCGUCCUUGUCGUGACUGCCAACUCCGUCGCCGAGACGGUCAGCCUUGCGCCGGAGAUCAUCCGUGGUGGCGAAUCUAUCCGCUCCAUCUUCGGCAUCCUCAACAGGGCGACGAGGAUCGAGCCUGAUGAUCCGGAGGCAGAGCGUGUCACCACUGUUCGUGGCGACAUUGAGCUGCGGCAUGUCGACUUCUCGUAUCCGUCUCGCCCUGACAUUGAGAUCUUCAAGGAUUUCAACCUGAAGAUCCAGGCCGGGCGCAGCCAGGCUCUGGUUGGAGCUAGUGGUUCUGGUAAGAGCACUGUGAUUGCGCUCAUCGAGCGGUUCUACGACCCGACAGGGGGCAAGGUGAUGAUCGACGGCAGGGACAUCAGGAGGCUGAACCUCAAGUCCCUGCGGCGCAAGAUCGGGCUGGUGCAGCAGGAGCCGGCCCUCUUCGCCUCCAGCAUCCUGGAGAACAUCGCGUACGGCAAGGAAGGCGCGACGGAGGAGGAGGUGGUCGAGGCGGCCAAGACGGCCAACGUGCACGCGUUCGUGAGCCAGCUCCCCGACGGGUACCGGACGGCGGUGGGCGAGCGCGGCGUGCAGCUGUCGGGCGGGCAGAAGCAGCGCAUCGCCAUCGCCAGGGCGGUGCUCAAGGACCCGGCCAUCCUGCUCCUGGACGAGGCGACCAGCGCGCUGGACGCCGAGUCGGAGAGCGUGCUGCAGGAGGCGCUGGAGCGGCUGAUGAAGGGGCGGACCACGGUGCUGGUGGCGCACCGGCUGUCGACGAUCCGCGGCGUGGACCGCAUCGCCGUGGUGCAGGACGGGCGCGUCGUGGAGCACGGCGGGCACUCGGAGCUCGUGGCGCGGCCCGAGGGCGCCUACUCCCGGCUGCUGCAGCUGCAGAACCACCGCAACUGA